GCGUCAUUAAUCACGUGAUCAUACAUAGAAAACUUCAAAUUCACACACACGAUACAGACACACCAAAUCAACCACAUACACAUACACACCACAUCAAAAACGUCCAAAGAAAAAGAAAAAAAAAACACAACGAAACUGUUGCUUGAAUCAGAACCAUUCGCUAUAGUAAACAUACAUCAAUUAUUCGAAAAAUAUAUAACAAAAUUAAAAUGAAUAACUUUCAUUUGGUCAUUGGAAUCAUAUUUCUUGCAUUUUGUGUUGAAAAAGGCUUGUGCAUAAAAUGCUGGGAAUGCCGAUCUGAUUCCGAUCCAAAAUGCGCCGAUCCAUUUGACAACAGUACUCUUUCGAUCACAGACUGCAAACAGGUGCAAUCGUUGGAACAUUUGAAAGAUGUAAAAGCGACUAUGUGCCGCAAAAUUCGACAAAAGGUGAAUGGUGAAUGGCGUUACUUUCGAAGCUGUGCGUUUAUGGGUGAACCAGGCAUCGUUGGCGAUGAACGUUUUUGCUUAAUGCGAACCGGCACAUUCAACAUCUUUAUGGAAUACUGUCAAUGUAAUAGCAAAGACGGAUGCAACUCGGCCGGCAUCAUAAGUUCAAGCAUAUUCACAUUGAUUGCUGGUGUUUCAAUAGUCUUAUUUAAAUACCUACCACAAUUACUGUGCACGUAAUUACGCACCAAAGGUCUGAACGAAAUUCCAUAGUGCCGUUAGAGCAAGCAACAUCAUUCAUUUAAAUGAAAUCUCAAUUCAAAUAGUUUUUGAAUAAUCUACCAUUGUGCCUAUUUGUUUAUUGAAUUAGUUACUUAUUAUCAGUGGUAUGUCAACAGUAAAAAAACCGUCCAUUAUCCAUCAAUUCCAGUAUUCGGAGUAUUAUGAUGUAAGAAUCUCAGCAAUACAGUCUAGAAUAAUGACAUAUUUUAUUAGAAAUUCCAAAAGCGUAAAAAGCCUGAGGAAAACAAAGAAAAAUCCAUCCGAAGGAUUUCUAUUCUAUUUUUAAAUGUUCUUUUUUAAAUUUUGUAGGUCUUUUACUAUUUCUAAAAUAAAUGAUUUAAA